GGGUUUCAAAGUUGCGUCUUUGGUAAUGGUGCGUGAAGGUUACCGGGUCCAAUACGAGGCUUCCAACUUCACGUGGACCAUGAAAUUCGCUGGGAGAGACAAAAACAUGCUCUACUGUUUCUUGAGAGACAUGUCUGAAACCAAAAUUGCGACACAGAAAAUCAAAUACAACGCCAGACUUCAAAAGGGUGCUUCUCGUGAGCUAAAGAACAACAUAUGGGAAGAUGUGUCGGUCAAAAUUGGAAAGGUUAAUGGUAUCGGUGACAAGAUCGAGAAGGUCAAUUUCUUGAAAUGGAUUGACGUGUCUCUCGACCUCAAUCGUCCUCUAAAAAUGAUCGACACUCCUCACGGUCAACUCAUCCUGGACGAUGCUUUCAAAGGCAGGAUCUAUCUUAAAGGCCUUCUGCUUGAGAAUUCUUCCACAACCAAGCCUUUUCAGUUCGGGUAUAACUUUUUCAACGGCACUGUAGAUCGGGACAGGAAAGGAUUGACCCACUCGAGCGAAGAAGUAAGCGUACUGGCUCAAAUUUGGGCUGCAGCCAUUUGGUCCAACGAACAGGACACUCUCGAGAAGUAUGUUUUGAUGCUUCGCCGCCAAGAAGCAGCAGACGUGGAUCAGACUGAGGCCUACAUGUCAGACGCAACGGCAAAGAAAGUUUGGGAACACCUAGUAAUGAUUGACUCAGAGAAGAAGAGCUUUUACCACGACCGUCGCAAUGGAGACAAGGACAUUGAGAUCAUUCAGAGCAGCCUGAAGAAAGAACCAGAACAACUCCCAGGCAGUCUCUGGGACGCUCUCAGAAAGUUC